AUGAUAGAAUAAUCUUAAACAUUAUAAUAAUAACAUUAUCAAAGAUAUGAUUAUUAGCUAGAUAAUUAUAUCUCUACUUAGCGUUAGCUAUUAAAAAAAUCAGAAGAAGAAUACAUUAUUUAAUAUCUCAGAGAUCAUAAAAGUUGGGUGGAUCAAAAACUUUAAUAUGGUGAUUAAAAUUAAGAAAAUCCAUACAAAUUUAUUAGAUCAUUGUGGAAUUGGAGUGUUUCUGAUUAGUUUCUAAAUGAUUUUUCAAAGCUAAAUAAAUCUUAGAUGUAUAAUAAAUUAUAUUAUAUGGAAAAAAUCUUAAGUGGAAACUUUAAUGGAUUUGAAAAGCUUGAAAUAGAAGAUUGUGAAUUUGAAAAUAGCUAAACUAAAGUAGGAAUUCAAUAUUUAGAUAUCUUUUAUCCAAAUAUUGUAGUUGUCAUAGGAUUAUAAUAAAUACCUAUGAUAAGAGACAGUCAUGUGAUUAAAUUUAAGUUUGAAUGGUACAUAAUGUUCUAAUCGAUAUUUGACUAACAAUUCUAAAAAACACCAAAUACUGAUUUUUCAAAUAUACUUGAAGAUCCUUUAAAAUAGAAUUACAUCACUGAUCUUAGCAAUUUUAUUAAUCCUCUAGAUAUGAUUCGAACUUCUAAAUAAUACUAAAAUAGAAAAGAAAGGCUCGCAAAUGUUGAUAGAUACUUACCAUAAUAAAUACCUGAUUAUUAUUUAACUUAUUAAGAGAGCAUGCAAUAUUUUAACUUUGGUUAUGGUUGGAUAAAAAAGCAGUAUCAUAAGAGAAAUAUACAAUUUAAUAACAAAAAGAGAAUUUAGUAGAUGAAUUAAGCAUAUUUAUAUAAGAUGCUUUAAAACGAGGAUAUAUCUGAGUAAAUGAAAAAAAUUAUUGAUAUUUGUAAAAUUGAAACUCCUUUGACAUAAUAAUAAACUUAAGUCAUAUCAAAUCAUUCAAAUUUAAUUGUUAUGGGGAGAUCUGGAACAGGAAAAACCUUAUGUGCAUUAUAUCACUUGCUAGCUUUGGAAGUAUUGUAUAAAUUGCAUUUUGAUAAGAACAAAAAUAGUUAAAUGAAUCUUAUUGAUUCAUUGUCUGAAAAAAAAAUUGGGUUGCAAAGCGUAUUCAUUACAGCCUCCCCAAUUCUUACAAGAAAGAUAUAAAAAUAUUACUAAAAGCACAAAAAUUAUUUAUAAAAAGCUAUAAUUAAUAUUUCAAAUAAAUAAAAUAGCAAUGAUAGCUAAAUUUAUGAUUAAAGCAUUAGCUUUUUGAUUGAUUCUCUAAUAAGUGAUUUUACAGUUUUAUAAGAAGAGUCUAAGAUUUAAAUUGAAGACUAAUAUGAUGAUUUUGAUGUUUUAGAAAUAGAUGAUAACAUUUUUAUUGAACCUUCUGAAUAAGAAAUCAGUGCUUAGCUUAAAAGCUAAAGCAGAAUUAAAUUUUCAUAAGGACAUCCUUCUUUUUAUACAGUGCGCUCCUAUCUAAUGAGUUUAGAAUGUUGCCUUGAAAGACACUUCUUUGAAAGGGAUAAAUAAGGAAAUAUUAUUUAAUAUAGCUCAUAGAAUAGUUUAGGGAAGUUCCAACAUUAAAGAUUUUAGUUAAAUUAGAUAUAUUAGCACUUAGAUUAAAUAUAAGAUCAAUAAAAAGAGGACUUUGAAAUAAAUGAAUAAAUAUUUUACAAAAACAACAAAUUAUCUAAUUAUGAUGCAUUUAUGAGAGAUUAGUUUUUAGAGAACAACAUGCACAAAUAAAAUUAAGAAAAUGAUUUUAUCUAGGAUUAAAAAAGUAGAAAAUUUGAAAUAGAUUAUAAUUACUUUGCAAACUACUUCUGGCCGUUUGUUUCAAUUAAAUUCAAAAGUUCUUCUUUGAUAUCUUGCUCUAGCUUAUGGACAGAAAUAUAUUCUGUAAUUAAAGGCUCAGCAAAUUGUUACAAAUAUAAAUAAAGAUACGUACCAAGAGAUGAAUACUUAAAGUAGAAUUCAACUAAUUUACUGACUUAAGAACAGAAAACAACGAUUUAUACUAUGUUUGAACUCUAUGAAAGAUGGAAGCAAAAUUAAAGUGGUUACGAUAUUCUUGAUUUAAAUAACUAUAUUCUUAGUGAAUUAUAAGAAAAAAGAUGCAAUAUUCCUUCUAUUCACUUUACAGUUAUUGAUGAGGUUCAAGACUUACCAUUUAGUGUUAUUUAACUUUUCACUUAGAUCAAUGAGUAUAACAUUUUCUUUUCAGGAGACUCUACAUAGAAUAUAGCAAGAGGAGUUGGUUUUAAGUUCAACGAUCUUAAAAGUCUUUUUGAAAAAAUUUAACCUUCUUAAUAAGGAUAAGUUUAAAUUUAAGUCCAUCACUUGACUGUAAACUUUAGAUCUCAGAAGAAAAUAUUAUAGCUCUCAAAUAGUAUUAUUGACUUAUUAUACAAUUUGUUUCCAACUACUCUAGAUGUUAUGCAAAAAGAGACUUCAGAAAUUGAAGGAAUAAGUCCUAUAGUUUUAGUGGAUGCUGAUUAAAAUUUUCUUUUUAAGAUUUUAAAAGGAUAAUCUGAAAGUUUAGAUUUUGGUUCUAACUAAGCUAUUAUUGUAAGGGAUGAAGAAAGCAAAUAAAGAUUGCCCUCUAUCUUAAAACAUGCCAUAUGCCUCACUAUAUUAGAAGCUAAAGGUCUAGAAUUUGAAGAUGUCAUAUUGUAUGACUUUUUUUCUGACAGCAGCUGUACAUUUUAAUAAUUGAAUUACUGCAGACCAUAAGUUGUUAUCAAUGACAACAUAAAAUAAAUAAACAAAUCUGAUUAAGAAAAUGAAAUUAAUUUAAGCAUAAAUGAGUUUAACCCAGUAAAUAAUGUCAUUUUAUGUUCAGAAUUAAAGCAGCUUUAUACUGCUAUUACUCGUCCAAAAAAAAGGUUGAUUAUUUUUGAUAAUUAAGAGUAUAAAAGAAAACCUAUUCUUUAAUAUUGGCUGUAGAAAAAUCUUGUUUGUUAAAUUUCUCCAUAAGAUUUUAAAGCAAAUAAUUAGGAAAAACCCAUUUUAGAAUAGGAAUAAAAUAAGGAGAAGUAAAAAAUUAUUAAAGAUCUGUAAAAUUAAAUGCAUCUAAACUAGUAAGUUGAUUGGUAUUAGUAAGGAAUAAAUAUGUUUAAAAAUAAAUAUUAUCAAUAAGCAAUAAAAUGCUUUGAAAAAAUAGGAAAGGAAAAAUUAAUUUAGCAAGCUAAGUUACAUCUUGAACUAUAAAAUUGUUCUAAGGAAAUACAAAAUACAUAAAAUGAGCUUUAAAUUUUAAAGUUGAAUCACGGAUAAUAUGCUUCUUUAAAUUAAAGCUCGAAAAAUAAUCUCAAAUUUUAAUUUUGCAAAAAAUUAAAUUCUUUAAAGUAAAGUUUAAGCAAUCUUGGAGAUCAAUUUUAUUAAAUUGACUAAAAAAACCAAGCAGCUCAGUGCUAUUUUAAUAGCGAAUAAUAUGAAAUGGCAGGGAAAAUAUAUGAAGAGUUGUAACUUUAUAACUAAGCAGCAGAAUCAUAUUUGUUAAGUAAUUCCUAGUUGCACAAAGCAGCUGAAAUUUAUGAAAAACUGAAUCAUUUAGAGUAAGCUAUACACAUUUUAGAGUUACAAGAAAAUUGGAAAUAAAUUAUCCUACUUUUAUCGAGAAAUCCUUAAUAUAAAAUAACUGAUGACCAGAAAAGCUUGUAUACAGAAAACUGCUUAAAAUAAAUAUUUUAGAACAAGUUUGAUGAAUUAAAAAUGGAAAAAAUAAACUAAUUGCUUGCACAAAAGAAUUUGGAGGAUUCUUUUACCUUGUUCGAUUUCGAAUUAGAUGAUGUUACUUUAAAUGAAGUAGAUAAAGACAUCUCCUUUUUAGAAAAAUAAAUCAAUGAAACUGAGCUUUAGGGUUCAAAUCAUUCAUUUGAAGAUUCAGAUAUUGAUAUUAAUAUUGAAAAUGAAAAUACUGAGUCUGAAUAAUCAAAACAAAUAAAUAACCUGGAUGAUAUAAGUUAAUUUACUUUAGUGCAAGAUGAGAAGAUUAAUAAUAUAAUAAAUACUUAAAUUAAUGAAGAGAGGUUAUAAGAAGAUCAAUACAUAAUAUCUUUAAACUAGUCAUUUGUCUCUAACUCUUCAUUUGGAAAAAUACUAUCAGAGGAAAAUGAGCUAUUUUAGCAAAUAAAUUAAACUGUGAAAAAAUAAAUUUACCAAAUUCUUUAAGUUUUUAUGCUAUCAGAUAACAGUUUUAUUAAAAUAGUCUAAGAAAGUUUAAAUUAAGAUUUAGAUUAAAAUUAAUUUAAAUCCAAAUUUAAUUUAGUUGAGUUUCUGUUAUAAAAACUGGAUUUUUACUGCUUGAAUAAUAAAAUAAUGAAAAAAUUUAUAUUUAAAAUGGAAUAAUUUUAGUUCUAAGACCAAAUAUGGAUAUUUGUAGUCUUUCUCAAGCAAUAUUAAUACAUCCCAACAAUCAUUUAAAAAUAAAUUUAUGAAAAAUUUUAACAUUCUAGCAUUUCAAAUCUUGUCCUUUCAGAUUACCUCAAAGAAAAUAAUCAAAGUCUAGCUAAGAAACAAGAGUAUUAAAGAUAAUCGAUUUUUCUAAUUCAAAGCAUGUUAAAUGUUGUAUAAAAAAUUUUAAAUGAUUAAAAAUUAGAUAAUAAAAUAUUAAAUUUUACUCUAGAAUAUUUACAGCAAACAGUAUUGCUUGGAUUUGGAGAAUUAUUUAUUUAAUUCAUGUAAAGGUAUGAUAUGCUAAAUUUAUAUCUAUUAUAUGGCAAAUACGAUUAAUAUUUAGCAUGUGUUUCUAGUGAUAAAAGCUAUUUGCAGAAUAGUAUUUAAGAAGGAUAAAUAAAAUCAGAUGAAGAUAUUUAAUUAGCUAUUGUUUAGACAUAAUAAUGCAUAUAUCAAAUCAUAGACAAUAAAUUUAAAUUAAAGAUAAAUUUAAAACAAUAAAAAAUAAUCUAAAGUUUAAGCUUUAAUUAAAAGUUUUAAUUAUUAAUUUAAAAUUAUUAAAAUAAGGAAGAAUAAUAUUAAAGUUUUACUCAGGAAUUGUUACAACAACUUGAAAUUCUUUUAAAAAAUUAAGAAGAAUUAAAUGAAAUCUAAAUAUUUGAUGUAGUCUCUGCAUUUUUUUUGACAAUUAAAUAUUUUUAUAGAGUAGAAGCAUUUGAUUUGCUAUUGAUUUCAUAGCUUAACAGAAUACAACUUAUUCUUUAGAAACUUUAAAACGAUUUGCAGUAUGCUGAACUGGUAUAAGAUAGAAGAUUAACUUAUAUGACAAAAGCAAUGCUUACUGUAUUUUAGGUAAGAGAAAUUCCUGAUAGUUAGAUUUUUUAAAUCUUUGGAAAACAAAAUGUUGUUAUGAAUUUUUCAAAUAAUCUUAUAAGCUAAAUAUUUUAAGAAUACAAAAAAAACAAAAAAUAAGAACCUCAAAUGUACUUUUGUGAUUAAAAUUUUGAACAGGUACUUGCUCCUCUAGAAGUAGUAAUUUCAGCUAUUUUUUAAAAUUUAGAUUAGAUUUCAAAAGAAUUAUAACUUCUAACUGAAUUUGAUUAAACAGAUCAAAAAUCUAAAAAUAAAAUCCAAAAUAAAAAAAAGUAAGAUUUAGAUAAAUUUAUUAUUACAGAUGAAAAUGAAACAGAAGAUUAGAACUUAGAUACAUCUUUUUAUGUAAAUGAACAAGAAGAGGAAGAAAAUAAAAAAUUAGAUUAGAUUUUGUUAUUGAUAAAUAAUUUUAAGAGCAAAUAGUUUGAUAAAAAUCAGAUAAUUUUAGACCUAAAAACUAUUAAAUUAAGAUAAGACAGUAGCUUUAUAAAAUUAUUUGAAGGAAAAAAUUCUGUUACAGAGUAAGAAAUUUCGGAAAUCAUUUGCUAAGAUAAGUGGUUACUAUAAUAUGGAUUGUCAAGAAUGUAUAAUUAAAGACAAUAAAUGAAAGGUUAAACAAAUACUGAGCAUAUAAUUUACAACAUAAUAAUUAACAAUUUAGCAAACCAAAAAGUAAAGCUGAUUAUUCCUUAGAAAUAUGUGGGAUAUUUUUAUGAUUUAGAAAAAAAUUAACUUUUAAUUAGAGAUAUUAACAAUGCUAUAAAUUUCAAGUAAAAAAAUCCUAAUGUAGUAUCUGUAAAUCUAAAUGAAUAUGACAAUGAUUUUGACAUUAAGUUGAUAGCCUAAUUUAUUGAUAAAAACAAAGAUAAAUCUUAAUCAUUUUAGAAAAUUUAUUUUGUUUGGAUAUUAAUGAUAUUGGCUAAUGUUUAUGAUUUAAGUAAAUAGACUUUAAAUCAAUUCAUUCAACUAAUACAAUCAAUUUAAUUAGAUCAAAAAACUUUAAAAAUACUAUAAUAAAAUUGGCAUUACAAGAAUCUCCUGAAUGCUACAUCUGCUGAAGAAGCCAACGACCUAGCAUAUGAGUUAGUUACUUAAAACUAUUUUGAAGAAAUAUUUGGGUAUUGGGAAGAUAUCACUGUUUACAAUGAUGCAAACCAUGAAGCAAACAAACUAAAAUUUGAUUAAGAAAAAUAAAACUUAAGCAAAAAAGUUAAUUAAAAAAAUCAAAGUAGAAAAAGAAUCAUAAAUUUCCUUAUUUAGAAUAGAACAAAAAUAAAAUUUAUAAAUGAAAUUGAGCUAAAUUUUAAAAAAAUUUUAAACUUCUUGGAACCAAGAGUAAAUAUGGAUAAUAAAGAACUAAUUUUGAAAAAACUCAAACAGCUUUUAAUUACUAACUUUUCUUUAUUUCAGUCAAUUUUAAAGUUGUACUAAAUUUAGAUUUAAAUAAUUUCUGCAAUUUAUUUAAAGAAAAUAAAAAGCUAGAAGGAAAUUACCAUUUUAACUUAAAAAUUAAACUAAAUUUAUGAAAAUAAAAAACAAAUUUCAUAAGUUGUUGAUUAAAGUCUUGAAUACAGAGUAAGAACAAAGUUAAUAAAAUAUUCAAAUUAUGACGAAUUUAAAGUUGCUUCAAAUAAUCUUUAAGAAUUUUUGAAUGAUUUAUAAUCUGAAUUAUAAUUUUUACUGGAUAAAAGUGUCUCUAAAUAAAAAAUGAAGCCUUAUAUUAAUUAAUCCUAAAGUAGAUUAAAUCAAUUUACUUUUGAAAAGUAAAAAUGCCUCCAUAAAAAAUCUAAAUAGUAAAUAAAAUACUAAAAAGAAUAAUUAAGAAAAGCAAUAUAAAAAGAUUUACUUUUCUGA